AUGCAACUUCAAAUGACAAGUUUUUACAAUGAAUUUAAAGAUCGGGAAUUUCUAGAUAGAACUAUUGUAACCUCUACCAGUACUCUUACUCGCAUCAUUCCAAGACCCAUAUCAAAAAUCAACGAUAUAACUUUAAAGCAUAUAUACAAGAUGAUAACAGACGAUCUUAGAAUAGAAUUGACCAAGGAAACUAAGAGAAUUGUUAACACAUGUAUCAAGCUCUUCCAUCUGUUCAGGAUCUUGGAACAAACUCUGCCUAGUCAUUGCUCCCUCAAGAGGAUAAAAACAGGCUGUGUAUCAAUCAUUUCAUUAGACUCAGAGACAACGGAAUCGAUUUUAUCAGAUGUCACAGAAACUGGGCAUCAAUUGCAAGGGUUAACCAGCUCUGAAGAGGGUGUAAGAAACGAGAAUACUCUGAAUUUUAGCCAGUACAAUUCAUGA